GGCCUCACAUAUUCGUGGCUAACGGGUCAGUUCUCUUCUCUCCCACUCCCACUGCUCAGAGAGAGAGAUGGAAAUGGCGGUCGUCUCAGUUCCGGGACCUCAUCACUUGCCAUCGUUUCAAUUCUCUUACGGUACACGGUUGCAUGGCUCAAGAACUCUUAAGAUUCGGCCAUUAAAGCAUCCCAACUUUCUAUCUUCUUCUUCUUCUCGUUGCUUAGCUUCUGUAGUGGAAGAAGGCCCACCUCCUCCUCCGCCGGCUGAUGAUUCAGUAGCUGUUCAGUCAAAUUCAGCCAUGGAAGACGGUAACAAGCUCUCCCUGAGUGGCUGUAAGGCUUGUGGGAGAGAAGAAGUAGAGAAGGGCUGCAAUGGUGAGGGAAGAAUCCAAGGUGGAAUUGCCACAUUUCCAGGCUUUGGCUGGUGGCCAAUAAAGGCUUACAGACCUUGUCCUGGAUUUGUUGAAUCUGGUGGCAGAUAUAAAAGAACUGGGCAAAGCAUGGAUGAAGUUGCCUUUGGAAGAAGCCAGAGAGAGCCCCCUGUGAACACUAGUACUGAGAUUAAAUCAAGUUAGGAAGAAAAAAUAAGGACCCCAAGGAGAUUGAAGAGAGGCUAAUAAGUUCUUUGGAUUGACAUAUAUUCAUCAUAUAUAGAUGGUUGAAGGAAAUCUUGUGGAGCCAAAAGCUCUAGUGGAGAAGUUUGUUCUUCUAUUAGGCAAAUUCAAUGGAUAUAAUGGUGUUAAUAUUUACCACAAAGGGGGAAGGAAUGUCAGAGAGAAAGAAAAAAAAACAUGAAAAGAGAUGAAUUCUUCUACUUUGUUCUUUCAACUAUGAAAAAAAAUGAAAUAUUCAGGUUUUGAUGUGUUCUUCCCUCCAUUGUACCAAUGUCCAUUUCCAUAUACUUGUAGUGAUUCUCUUCCUCUAUUUAUCAUCUAUUUUAGGGGAUUGUUUUAAAUGCAAUACACUUAAGCUUGGUUUCAA